CUUACAAAUACAAAAACAAAAAACCAACAAAAUCAGCAUGAAAUUCUUAGUCACCAUCGCUGCUCUGUGCCUGUGUCUGGCUUUUGCUGCUGGCCAACAAUACUUUCUAGGACAGUUCCCUAGCCGUUCCCGCUUUGCCUUCGAUCCUCUGGCGCUGGCACAGCCCUCAGCGCCCCAGGUGCGCGAUCCCCGCCAGAACAGAGGACCCGUUGUGUUCCCACCCUCGCCUCCGGAUGCAAUUGAGGAGUCAAGCGGUGUUGUUGUUGGCGCCUCUGGUUUCGGUUUUGUGCCACCACAGCAAACGGUGGCAGCUGUGGCAGCGGCAGCCGGCGGUGUUGAUCCAACGUAUUUCAGCACAACAUUUCAAACGCCCGACACAUCGUAUGCAACAUUCAACUAUUACAGCAGUCCAUAUAAUACGCGAUACACUUACUUCUGAGACUGGCUGGGAGUGGGAGUGGUGGGCUGGUCCCGAAUCGAGUCCAGGAGACGAGGCGAGUCGAGUCGAGUCGACGCAAGUCGAGUUGAGUUGAGUCGAGUCAUGUGUAAGUAGUCAGUUAAUGAGGCGCCUAGGAAAAAUAUAUAUCUAAUGCUGUUGUAAAUAAAUAUGUAAAAUAUG